AUGAAGGAGCAGGCAUCCCCUUCCAUCCCACUCAAGGGAGAAGAAGUGCCGGUGCAAGGCCUUGGGGCCUCGCAGCCUGCGCUGCUCGUCAUGUACCUCGGUCUCGGGCGGCUGAGGAACUCAGGCAAGACAGGCGGUGCGUCGCAGGGCAACUCGAGCGACCCCUUUAUGGAUAAAACGCGAAAGAAGUUCAAACUGGUUGAUAAACUGGCCCUGUCGCCCAACACACACAAAUACCGCUUCUGCCUUGACCGCCCCGAGCAGAUCCUCGGCCUGCCCGUCGGGAAGCACCUCAAGCUCUUCGCUCCCGCGCCCGCGGCCCGCGUGCAGGGACAGUGGAACAACGCGCCGGACCCCGAGGCCGAACAAGCGGAGAUCGAGCGGAAGUACACGCCAGUCACCGGAGAUCGCGUCCAGGGCUACGUGGACCUGAUCAUCAAGGUUUACCGCAGAGGAGAAGUCGAACAGUUUCCCGACGGAGGAAAAAUGUCACAGUAUCUCGACAGUCUGCGGGUUGGAGACUACGUGGACGUCAUGGGGCCGUUCGGGCUGAUUGAGUAUCUGGGAAAUGGCGAGUUCCGGGUGAACCGACGGAUGAUCAAGAAGAAGAAGAUCGGUAUGGUCGCUGGCGGCACAGGCAUCACGCCCAUGUAUCAGCUGGCUUCCGAGAUCCUGGGAACGGGCUCGGACCCCACCUGUCUUUCGCUUCUCUUCGCGAACCGGACCAAAGAAGAUAUUCUCCUUCGCGAUGAGUUGGAGGAGAUGCAGGAGGCUUACCCAGACCAGUUUCGAGUCGCGUUUACAGUCGACGAGCCAGGGCCUUCGUGGCGGUUUUUCUCGGGCUUCGUAGACGAAGCGAUGCUGCGAGCCACCAUGCCGCCUCCGUCUCCAGACACACUUAUUCUCCUCUGCGGGGCGCCGCCAAUGGUGCGCAGCUGCAUGGAGAAACUGCUCGCUCUGGGCUACGCGAAGGAAGAUAUUCUCGAGUUCUAG